UUUGAGUGAAAGUGCAGUAAACUUCGUCAAAAUUUUCACCACAACGUUAUUGCCGCCCGGGUCCGGUGAGGCGGGCAGUAGACGCCCCAGCCGCGACUACAGCAAUCACCAUCAUCAUCUUCUGCAACAACAAUCGCCACCAGCGCAGCACCAAGACCUCAGCAUGCAGAGAGUCAUCAGUUUACAGACGAGCAGAAAUGCGGAUCGUGGAAGUAGUGAAUUCGUCACUAAACGACUUUGUUGUAGUUUUUUGUUUUCUGUUGCAUUUCUUUCACUUCUCGGUGGAUUUUUACUAGGUCGUUAUGCAACCGAUAGAGCAAUCCUGCUGAAAAAUGCAGCGUUGCAAGAAAGACAGCACACUGAGGAGAAAUUCAGUCACGAUAUCAUGAACAAUCUGACGUCGCUGAUGAACGACAUCAAUCGCUCCAUCAGCGACGCCCACAUCACCGACUUUAAUCUCUACCUGCGGAAGUUAAACUGCACCGACGCUUCAUUAACCACCCACCACAAUGCAACGCAUUUCGACGCCAACAUGGCGACUAAUGUAAUCAAUUUAAAAACCACACAGUUCCUAAACGGCCAUCUUAGGUUACUAAGCGCGUGUUUUACCGACAUCUAUACGUAUCUAGAGGAACUACCACAUGAUCCAGGGAAUAAAGAUACGGUUACGUCUAUUAAGAGCGAUUAACGAUGCACAAACACAGUUUUAAAUCAAUUGAGAUUGAUUACGCGUUGUUUUCGUACGCUGUGCGAAUAUUUGUGAAGAUUUACGAGUGAUUUGGUUCAAAAUGUGUGUGAGUUGUAUACGAUUUCAGCGUGUACGUAUAUGAAACGAUGAAGUUAUUGGCCAGUAGUCGAUAAACUGAAUUUAUUGCGCUCUACGCGUCCGACGCACGGAAAUUUUCAACAAAGUCGUAAUUAAUUCAGUGUAUUAUCAUGCCGUUAAAAUUUAUCGACACGUUUUCAAACAGAAGUUACGCUCGUGCAGGUCGCGUGCAGAUCGUGUUAAUCAUGUAUGAUUAUGAUCAAUGUUUUCAUUAUGAGUGAUGAUGUUACCAUAAUAAAACAAAAUUUGUUUUGUGUAUAUUAUAGCUUUCCACAAGGUGGCGACACUUUAAUAUAGGAAUAACUUUAGAAACACAAAUAUUAAUAAUAUUAAUAUCAAUUUAUUUAUUAAUAUUUAUAAACAUAUUAAAUUAUUAAUGUUAAACAUGACUAUAUUGUUUAUUUAAAGUGUUAAAUAUUUUAUUUUACCAAAAAUGGAAGAAAAGUCAAUUUUGUAAAUGUUGGCAACCCAAAUAACACAACAACAGAAAUAUACGCACCAUUUUUUGUAUUGUUGGAAGUUCCAUGACUAAAGUCACUUUUAUGCAUGGAAAUUAACUUUAAAAUAGAGUCGUAAAAAGUUAACAGGCUAUAAUACGGCAAUGAAUGUUAAAAAAACUAUAUCAAUUAUUUUUUAUACUGCGUUGACGUUAAUAACACUAGUUAUGGCAUAAUUAUGUACUUUUAAUGUUAUCAAACCAAGUAUUAAGGUUAAUUGAUUCUGUUUGUACAGAUAUAUUACGAAAUAAAGUUAAAUAAAAAUUAUCAGUUUAAA